AUGGAGGUGGACCUUGAAAAAUUCAUGCCGAGGAGUAAAUUGUCCGGUAGUGCCAUGUCGACAGAAAAGGACAUCGAUAAAGUAAAGGGCGAGAGCUCCAAGCAGCCCGGCGGUGCCGGCCCUCAGAGACACAGGCGCGUAGCAGCCAAUGCCAGGGAGAGACGCAGGAUGCAUGGACUGAACCGCGCCUUCGACAAGUUAAGGAGCGUCAUUCCAUCACUAGAGAAUGAGAAAAAGUUAUCCAAGUACGAUACACUGCAGAUGGCGCAGAUAUAUAUCACAGAACUGUCCGAGCUGCUGGAGGGUGUCGGUCCUCCGGAAUGCAGGGAUUUAAACGGGGGCAGCAGCACCCCGAGUAACCACGGAAGAAGGUGUCAGAGGCAGCCCUGUUUAGCGGAAGGCAUGGUUGAUUAUCCAGUUGCCUCCUCACAACCGUCAGUCAGGUUGCUGAGCGAAUCCCAGGACCCAAAAGCCUCAGUCGGGCACGUCAUCAUUCUGUCUGCGCCCAAAUCUGACAUUGGAGUCGACAACAAGAAGGCAAUUACAUCUAACGGCAGCGAUGGGGAAUCAUCACAUUUCAGUGACUGUGAAGACGGCCAGUCAGACAGGCACUAA